UUACCAUUGUUUGCAUUUAGUAUUACAUCUACCUCAUAUGCAUUUCUAUUAAAGAUUUAGUAUAACUUCAUUACAUUCAAAAUUGAAGCAAACUUCUGUUGUGAAAACUGCAGAAAGUUAAGCAAAUAUGGAGAACAGAUCAACUCUUUUAAUCCAUCUACCAUCUCUCAAACCAUUAACUCUUGCCUUAAAAAAUCCUAUUUAUCAAACACCCAUCUACCAUUUAUCAAGCAUUCAAAAAAUUUGCUUGAAGUGGAGUAAUACCAACCUGUCUUCAUAUACUGAGGUAAUUUGUUCUCUUCGUUUUCUACUUAUUGAAUUGUUUUCUCUUUGUUUUAAUUUUCAGGUCAUGGACUUGAACCAUGAUAAUGACGCUGUUGUCAUGAAAACUAAGAAAAAGAAAAUAAGAUUAUUAUGGACGGAUGAUACUCAUAUGAUAUUUCUUGAGUUAUGCUUGAAUGAGGUUAGAGUUGGGAACAAGCCAACUGGUUACUUUAAUAAAUUUGGGUAUGAGAAUUUGGAAAAGUACAUGAAAGAGCGUACUGGGAAAACUUUCGACCACAAGCAAAUUAAAAAUCAUUGGGAGACUAUGAAGAAAGAAUGGAAGUUGUUUGAUCGUUUAAUGAGACUUGAAUCUAGAAUUGGGUGGGAUCCCGUGAGAAAGACGAUUGAUGCAUUAGAUGAUGAAUGGUGGGAUGAAAAAAUAAAGGGAGAUAAAGACCUUUCCAAGCUAAGAGAGCAAAAUUUAGAGAUGUAUAAAAUGUAUUACGAGCCUUUAUUUCGAGAUUGUAUUGCAGUUGGAGAUAACACUAAGACUCCUUCUGAUUUUGCGAACAUGAUCGAUAAAGAUGAAGAGUUGAUUGAAGGGAGAGGUGAUAGAUGAGUGCAGUUAGAGAUAUGAUUGCAGGAGAUCUAACCAAACCAAGAUGAAUGUUUAUUGAAUAUUAAUUUGUUUUUGUAGAAGUUUUACGUUA